GACCAUAAAUGCUGGGUCGUCUCGACAUGCUUCCCUUGAUUUUCGGGUCGUUAUGGUGAUUCAUUGGUUGAUAUGGAGAAACCUGGUACUGGUCGGACCUGCCUUGACACUGGAUGCUUUGAUUGGCUAGUGAACAUCAGGCCAGGUUAUGUGGUUUUUCGAGUAAAGAAUUGUUGUUAUAUAGAACCGUAUCUACCAUGCAAGUUCGCACAACAACUUGGGUAUGAUCAAAUAUAUGUUGGGAACCUAAGUUCAGGACUCCGGACUCGUGGUGGCCUAGUAGACGGUGCCCGGGCGUGGCUGUGGAAUGUUACGGGUUGCACUGGCGUCAGGUUUAGUCUUCCGGUUACUGAACGCCAACUGGAACUUACCUUCUUAUAUUGUCGUUGGUUAUUAGCGGCCAAUGAGUCCGUCGCGAUGAAGCCAAUUGCUGAGUUGACGGCCGAGGCAGCAGCUCGGAUUGCUACCCAAAUGGUUUAUGAGGUCGAGUACCAGAAGAGGAAAGGCAAAGAACUCGCCGGUCCUUCUAUAGAUAAGGAACAAGAGGACGAUCCCCUCUUUUCUGAAGAAGAAGGUUUAGAUGCAGAUGUUGUCAGCGGUAAGGCUAAGACGGCAGACCAUGAUGAAGAGGAACUCGACAUAAGUUUGUCAGAGCCCUUCUUCGCAGAGCUAUUGGAUCUAGCAGUCGCCGAUCAAAUUCGCCGACUCAAGACUCGAAAAAGGUGGAAAGCUUUACCCACUUAUCCUCACAAAAUGUUUGUUGAAAUUCCAGGUGUAGGUUCUGAAGGGGGAAAGGAAGUGAAAGGUCGUCACUUUACUCGCACUCGUUCUCAGACCGUGGCUCGAAUUGAUCCCUUAAUUGAACCAUGUGCUGAAUCCAUACCGAGUAGACCUGCGGAUCCUAACGAGACGCGGCCUUGUAAAUGUCAGAAGAUGACUUUGAGACGACGCGUCACAUCGUCAGUUCCCAACGCAGAACCACUCGGUGACAUACCCGUUGUUGGGGGAGGGGGACAUGACCAGAGUGAGACCGUUUAUGAUCCUCCUCCCGAUUUUGAUUUAUUUCAAGAGCCUAGCCUUUCGCAUCGAGUAUACGAAGCUAUUCUUGAUGAGCCCGAUAACAUUGCAGUGGACAUGACUGUUGAAACCAAUGAAGAUACCGGGUAGGACCUGGUUUGUCUACGACAGUCUCUAACCCAGGUACAUCUAACACCGGUAGUACACCUUUCAAAUGGCAAUUUUGGGAGUUGACAGAUUCAGAAUUCGUGCCUCCGUUAAUUAUUUCUAUGCUUUUGGCUCUUUUAGAAAACCCCCAAGAAAUAGGUGCCAAUACUGGGAUUGCGGACUCUGCUAUCCCUAAUAAAGGUAAAUCCAACUCUUAUUUGUUAUGGAUUCCCAAUUUCCCUUCCUGUGUCUUAAAAUCUGGACUCUUCCGUAGGUACCCUUAUGAAGAAUUCAGAUAAUGAGGAUUCCCUUCAAGAUUACUUUUGAGACGUCGGACGCUCAUUCAUCUGAUCCGGUACCAGACCCUUCGGUAUCUAAUGACAUGUUGUUGGAACCAAUUCGUCAUGAUACCGUCAAAGCAUUCGCCGAGCCUGGUUCUUCCGCAGGUAUAAAAUUUACCCCUCUACAACAGUCAUUCUUAUCUCAGAUUUACUUAACUAUAGAGGAGUUUCACUUGCAGGACUAGUCGUUGAGACUGGUACAAACAUCGAUGUUGGGAUACCUGACGCUUCUAAAGGUCCCAAUUUUUCGCAAGCGGCAAGAAUCAUUGCCCAAGACCCUUCGUCGAUUAUUCCAACUUCUCUCCCACUCUCAGCAACUGAGAUGACCAUCGCAAGUGUGGGGAUUAACCCGAUUGAACAAGUCGUCGGACCAACUGAAAAGGUUGAUACAUCAACGGUUGUUGCUUUUGCAGCGCCUCCGCCAGUUCACGAGGCUGUGCAGGUGGAAUCAAGUGUUGGAAAUCUAGCUGAGGGGACUUCUGUCGGUAUUGGUAAGCUCUACACCGAAGCUUGAAGAUAUUCAAGUUAAUAUUCUGAAAUGUUUGAUUCCUAUUUUUUUUACAGGGAUUUCGUUCCAACUCUCUGAUCUUGUCAAAGCGCUAUUGUUAGAUGACGAUCCGAACCAGAUUGUCCUUUGUACGAAAGUUAGCAGCUUUUUCACUUUCGUGGGCAAUAUGAUUGACAAACUCCUCCAUAGUAGGACAUCUUUUCGUCAAUUCAGACCAUUCGUCGAUCUCAAAUUAUCCUUAAUAGAGAAGAUCGGAUUGCUACACUUGUUACGAGCUAUAGCUGAUGACUUGACUCGUCUAGAGCGUGAUUUUCAAGAACUUAAAGAGUUCCGAGAUACAGGUGCUCCUUCGUACAUAGCUGCUCGGAUGGAAUCUCGGCUGUAAGCGUGGCGCGAUGCCCAGGCAUUGGUUGAACCUGAGGUUCAAAUGCGCCAAAGUAAGGUAAAUAAGAUGAAAGCCGUUCUUGACAACAAGUUACAAACUCUGCACAAUAUUAAGUCCUCCCUUGUAUCAAGUGUUGGCAAGAUAGCGCAACUUAAACAGGAGCUUCAAGCGGAAGAAGAGACUUGGGAACUUUUAGAAGUGACAAGGGUUGACGAAGAACGUAACUAAGAGAUUGUGUCUAGGGAGUUGGAACUAUCGGAGCAGGAGCUGACUAAGGCAAAAGAAGAGGCCGCAAGGAUGUUAUCUGCCAACGAAGGAUCUAUGAAGGCUACAUUGCAGGAAGAGCUCGAGCAAGCUUAUGUGGAAGAGUUGUCGAAGUUAAAGCAACAAGUUCUUAGCCAUAAACUUCAUGUAGAUUAGCUGUGACUUUUGUACCUACAAACUCGAAUUUUCAUCAAUAGAAAGUAUUUUUUAUUAUACUUCUUUUAUUAUGAUGUCCUAUUCUGUUUGGAAUAAUCAACCAUAAUAUUUAUAGGAUUUUUGGCAAACCCUCAGCCAUCAACGGGUUUGAUGUG